AUGAGGCAUUCAUUCUCCCUGUCUUCGUGGCCAUUGGCCCUGACCUUGAGCUGGUUGGCAGCAGUGCAGGGACAAUUCAAUAAUCCCGAAGGUGUAGAUAUAUGGUGCGGCAAGGCAUAUCGUUCAACAAAUGCAUCAUUCAAUCCGGGAGGUUGGUUCGAGGAACCAGCAAAGUCGGACGUACCCUUGCUGGAUCUGCGCGUAAAACCGCGGAUGAGUAUAUACCUUGAGACGGAUCAAGAGGCCAGCCUGUUGAUUGACGCCGCCAUCUCGUACCAAGUUGGACAGCCGCUUCCAGCCAAUUAUACCGGAGCUUAUAGCACGGCUACUAGUGAAUUGAGCAUAGAUGUCAUCUUCAACGGCACUGUCAUCGACACUGUUGCAGUCGAUAUUGGCUCAACUGAUGUCGAGGUUCCACUGGACCUGGGUCAAUUCACAACCAGUCUAGAUGGGCUCAAUAUCAGUGUGCAAGCAACCCUUGAUGGUUCAUAUAUCUAUCAAGCCAGUACCGAGCUUUUCAAGCUGCCAACGCCCGAAAACUAUGGUAGCGUGUCGAGGCUCGACAGCUUGUACGGAGGUCUUUGGGUACAGAGGGACGACGAGGACUGGAAGCACAUCUUCCCUUACACCUACUACGUCCAAUGGAGUCUAUACUGGGACAGUAACAUAACGACCUUGGAUGACUUUGCCGCUUUGGGCUACAAUGUCAUACACAUUGUACCGACGGGCACUCUUGGAGAGAAGCCGUUCCCGUGGGAUCAAUUUGAACCAUACCUUGAUCGUGCGGAUGAACUUGGGCUUUACUUGCAAUACGACGUCAUCUGGGACUAUGCAAACCUCACAGGCAUGAUUGAGCAGGUCGAGCGCAUUCGUAGCCAUAAAUCUCUAUUGGUAUGGUACCAGUCGGAUGAGCCAGAUGGCAAGAGCAAUCCCAUCAAUUCGACGGGCAUCGCCCACCAGAAGAUCCGGGAGCUCGACCCGUACCACCCCGCCUCGCUGGCGCUCAACUGCUACGACUUUUACUAUGCCGAGUACGCCAAGGGCGCCGAGAUCAUCACGCCCGACGUCUACCCCAUCUCCACCAACACGUCGUACUCGACCGUCUACGACACGGUAUGCAACGCCACCUACGGUUGUUGCGGCUGCGACGACUGUACCGGCGCCUUUGAAGACAUCUCGGACCGUCUGGACGAGUUCCGGCGCCGCGACGACCUCAUUGGAUGGUCCAAGACGCAAUGGUUUGCGCCGCAGGCGUUUGGCAACGAGACCUUCUGGACCCGGUACCCGACCGCGGCCGAGGAGGUUGUCAUGACCGUUCUGGCCAUCAACCACGGGGCCAAAGGUAUCGUCAUGUGGGAUUACCCGACGACGGCCGAGCUACUCAACGUUACCAACCACCUGGCUUCCGUCUUUACUACUGAAACCAUUGCCGACUUCUUGCUGGGAACUCCUCGGGUGCAGACGUUGCCCGUGGCUGGUGCCGACCGUGUUGAUGCUGCUGCAUGGAUCAACGAUUCUACCGGACAGGCUCUGCUGAGUAUUGUCAAUCUCAAUUAUGGGGAUAUUGGACAGACCGUUGAGAUUGCAGCUCCAAAUGGUACCAAUUUUGGUUCAGUCGUCGACAUACUUUGGGGUGAUGUGGCUUGGGAAGUCGAGGACGGUCAGACACUUUCAAGCUCAAGUGGUAUGUUGGGCCUGCAGGUUUCUGUGUUGCUUGUGGAUAUCAGCACCGCCUAG